GCCGGGGAUCCCCACCCCGCGCCUCCUGGGGGGUCCGACCCGAGUUGGGGGGCCCCGGCUCGGGGCUGGCGACUCCCUGGGAGACCGCUGCUCGCCACCCAGCCAUGCCCGAAGGAGCCCGUGGCCUGAGCCUCUACAAAUUCAGCCCCAGUCUAGGGCGUGGCCGCAGAGGGCCCAUGUGUGACUGCCCCGCCGUGGGUGCCACUCGGACAGAACCUCCCAUUGCAGCCAUGACCUCCCCACGAGGUUCUGGGAGUUCCACCUCCUUGAGCACUGUGGGCUCAGAGGGGGACCCGGCCCCUGCACCCAGCCCCGCUUGCUCAGCAUCCAGACCAGAGCCCCUACCCGGACCCCCCAUCCGUCUGCAUCUCUCCCCCAUGGGGACCCAGAGCCCCGCGAAACUCUCAAGGCUGGAACGCGUGGCCCGAGAGAUUGUGGAGACAGAGCGGGCCUAUGUCCGGGACCUGCGCAGCAUUGUGGAGGACUACCUGGGGCCUCUGCUGGACGGUGGGGUCCUGGGGCUGAGUGCGGAGCAGGUGGGCACGCUCUUUGCCAACAUCGAAGACAUCUACCAGUUCAGCAGCGAGCUGCUGGAGGACCUGGAGGGCAGCAGCGGUGCAGGGGGCAUUGCUGAGUGCUUCGUGCAGCGGAGUGAAGAGUUUGACAUCUACACGUUAUACUGCAUGAACUACCCGAGCUCCCUGGCCCUGCUCCGAGAACUCUCGCUGUCACCAGCUGCAGCCCUGUGGCUGCAGGAUCGCCAGGCCCAGCUGCAGCAUUCACUGCCCUUGCAGAGCUUCCUGCUGAAGCCAGUGCAGCGCAUCCUGAAGUACCACUUGCUGUUGCAGGAGUUAGGCAAACACUGGGCCGAGGGUCCCAGCACCGGUGGCCGCGAGGUGGUGGAGGAAGCCAUCGUGUCCAUGACAGCCGUGGCCUGGUACAUCAAUGACAUGAAACGCAAACAGGAGCAUGCAGCACGCCUCCAGGAUGUGCAGCGGCGGCUCUGCGGCUGGACUGGCCCGGAGCUGAGUGCUUUCGGGGAGCUGGUGCUGGAGGGAGCCUUCCGAGGGGGUGGAGGAGCCGGCCCACGGCUGCGAGGUGGCGAGCGGCUGCUCUUUCUCUUCUCUCGGAUGCUGCUAGUGGCCAAGCGCCGCGGGCCCGAGUACACCUACAAGGGCCACAUCUUUUGUUGCAACCUGAGUGUGAGCGAGAGUUCACGUGACCCUCUGAGCUUCCGAGUGUCAGAUAUAACCAUUCCCAAGCACAGGCACCUUCUGCAGGCCAAGAACCAAGAGGAGAAGAAGCUUUGGAUUCACUGUCUACAGCGCCUCUUCUCUGAGAAUCACCCCGCUUCCAUUCCUGCCAAGGCGAAACAAGUUCUCCUUGAAAAUAGCUUGCACUGUGCCCCUAAAAGCAAAUCUCUCCCAGAGCCUCUGACACCCCCACUUGGGUCUCCCCGACCUCGAGAUGCUCGAAGUUUCACCCCUGGACGAAGGAACACAGCCCCAUCACCAGGACCCUCCUCCAUCCGCCGUAGCCGUAGACAGUCUGGGAAGCAGAAACUUAAGCAUUCGGGCAGUCAUGGGGAGCUCUACCCACCACUAGAGCCUCAGCCACCACCUUCAGCUUCUGGUCCCUCCGAAGAACUGGAGGACACGGGGCCCCCCUCACUUGACCCCUCUGGGACCUCCAUCACUGAGGAAAUCCUGGAACUGCUGAACCAGCGAGGCCUCCGGGAUCCUGGGAGUCCCCAGCCAUCAUCUCCCUGCAGCCUUCCCAAGUUCCUUGGAGACUCCCCAGCACCCAGCACGGACAGCGAGCUCCCAUUCCAAGGCCUGCCAGGCCGGGACUCUUCAGAAGAAGACGAGGAUGAGGAUGAGCUGGAUGAUCGGGAAUCUUCCCCACUCCAUGUCCUUGAGGGCUUGGACAGUCCAGGUGCUACGGAAGUGCCAGAUGUGCCCAGCCUCCCCGACAUUCCUGAUCUGCCUGAGAUUCCCCAAAUGCCCUGCCUGCCCAGUCUCCCAAGCAUCUCCAGCGUUUUGGAAAUGCCCCGCCUGGCAGCAGCCAAUAUUCCCGAACUUUCCAACGUGCCUUCAGUGCCCCGAGAUUCCUGGUUUCAGGGCCCACUGAGGGAGCCCGAGGAGGUGCUGGCCUGCAGGGCAGACCCUUUCCCUGGAAGUGGCUCUGGGAAACUGGGAGAGCCCUGCCCAGGAGAUGGAUUGAGGCCAGGAGAGGAAGGUGGAGAAGGGGUGUCCUUCCCCGCAUUCCAGCUCCAGGAUGGUACCCGCGACCAGAGAUUCCCGCAGGAGCUGGAGUUCCGCUCCUGCUCGGAAAUCCGGAGCGCCUGGCAGGCAUUGGAGCAGGGGCAGCUGGCCAGACCCGGCUUCCCAGAGCCACUGCUGAUCCUGGAAGAUUCAGAUCUGGGGGGGACCGGUGAGAGUGGAAAGACUGGAGCUCCUAAUGCCGAGCGGACGGCGUCCCGUGUCCGGGAACUGGCCCGGCUCUACAGUGAGCGGAUCCAGCAGAUGCAGCGGGCUGAGACCCGGGCUUCAGCCAACGCGCCCCGCCGCCGGCCUCGUGCCCUAGCACAGCCCCAAUUGGUGCCCUGUCCCCAGCCAGAGCAGAUUGAGCCAGGCCCCUUGCCCGCCUUUGGACAUGUACUGGUGUGCGAACUGGCCUUCCCGCUGGCCUGUGCGCAGGCAUCUGUGCGCCUGGGCCCUGCUGCCUGCCUUCAAGCUGCUGUACCUUUAUCGAAGCUGGGAGGCUCCCAGGAAGACAGAUGGCCAAAAGUUCCCCUUCGGCCUGAGCAAGACCAUGGAGGCCCCCAGACUCCAGCUGCUAUCACAGUGCCUGAGCAGAGACCCCUCAGCGAUGCUGAGAUUCCUGCCACCCCACCCUGGCCUGCGAGGGAGGGACCCCCAGGCGUCCAGGGACCAACUGUUCCAACUUGCCCUGAGCAAGGCCACACGGACCUCCAAGUGCCCGCAGCUGCUUCCUCGCCUCAGCACAGAGACCAAGGGAAGGCACAGGUGCCAGGCGCCACCCUCACUCCCCUACCAGACUGCCCCAUGGACUUCCAGGCCUCGUCAGGCCCCGUUGUGUCCAUGCCAGAAGGUGCAUCCGAUGACCUGGCUUUAUCCACCUCACCUGGAACCCAUCAUGAAGGGCACCUGGACAGCCAGAGCCCAGCCCACACCUCACUCAUCACACAGCCUGAAGGAUGCAGGGACUGCGAGCUCCCGGCCAUUAUGUAUGGCCCCCUGGACAAUCCUUUACUUGGGCCCGGAAGUAGCUGCGACGAGCAUAUCUCAGCCUGUAGCCCGAUGGUGGAGUGCAACUUCCAGGAUACCCUGGUUUCAGCUGUUUCUCCAUCCAGCGAAGGAGCUGCCCUAGACUGUCCACUACCAGGCAGUGCCUCAGCCCCAUUGCCCCAGGACCCCCCGGACCUUCUGUUUCCUGCUAGCACACCUUUGCCUUCACCAGCAGGCCUCAUGGAUUUCAGGGUUCCAACACCCCCAUCUCUGCCUGAGGAGAGACGAUUCCCAGAGAGCCAGGAUCCAGCUGCAAAUCCGCUGGCUCUGGAGCAAAGCCCCACAGACAUCCAGGGCCCCAAACUGGCCCCUUUGUUGGAGCAGGGGGACUUGGUGACUAAUCAUGGGCCUGUGGCCACUCUGCCUCAGCCAGAGCGUGGAGUUACCCGGGACACUCAGGCCCUGGUCCCUAUCCCAGUGGCUCCAACCGCUGUGUUGUCCAGACCUGGCAACCAUUUUUUUUCUCCUGUUACGGGGUCAGAAUCUUCAGAUUUGACCCCCCCUCAAAGCCCCCCACUCCCCACCCGCCAGCUCCUGGGUCCCAAUGCAGCUGCGCUCUCCAGAUACCUGGCAGCUUCCUACAUCAGCCAGAGCCUGGCCCGUCGGCAAGGACCUGGCAGAGAUGCCCUGCCACCUGCCCGGGGUCCCUGGUCCUCCUCUGCUCCCACCUCCCGAGCCCCCUCGCCACCCCCGCAACCUCAGCCCCCGCCACCCCCUGCCCGCCGCCUCAGCUAUGCCACCACCGUCAGCAUCCAUGUGGGGGGCGGGGGCCGGUUGCGGCCCUCCAAGGCUCAGGUCCGGUUGAACCACCCCACCCUCCUGGCCCCUACCCAGGAAUCUGUGGGCCUGCGCCGAACCCAUGCACCUCCCGACACCCCCUUUCACACUUGA